GCUCUGUAGAGUCGUGUAGCUGUGUUUCGACUGACGUCAUUCAAGAUAUAUUCCAGUUACACCGAUCGUAAAAAUGGUGACACAGAAAGUGCUUCAGUCGUGUAAGAGAUUUUGAGGUGUACUGUUGGUUGGUCGGCUCCGAACAGUGGUCCCGUAAUUACGUGCAAACUGUGUUUAGUCCACGUGCGUUGCGUAUUGCCGGUGGGCAUUGAUUUUUUUACGGAAUGGGCGAACAAUCACAAGCGGCGGACGGGAAAGUCGUGUUGAAACGUAAAAUUACGCUGUUCAAUGGAGUCGGAAUAAUUAUUGGGACUAUUAUUGGUUCGGGAAUAUUUAUUUCGCCUACUGGAGUGUUUUUGUAUACCGGAUCAGUUGCUGCGUCUCUAUUAAUAUGGCUCACGUGCGGUCUCCUGUCUACGUUAGGAGCUCUAUGCUAUGCAGAGCUUGGCACCUCCAUUACCAGGUCAGGAGGAGACUAUGCAUAUAUCUAUGCUGCCUUUGGUCCACUUCCAGCAUUUCUCCGACUUUGGAUUGCGUUGCUCAUCAUUAGACCGACCACGCAAGCCAUAGUGGCACUGACAUUCGGGCACUACGUUGUCAAGCCGUUUUACCCUGAAUGUGACCCGCCACAAAAUGCUGUUAGACUUCUAGCUGCCAUAUGUUUAUCCAUUUUGACUGCAAUCAACUGCAUCAGUGUGAGAUGGACUAUGCGGAUUCAGGAUGUGUUCACAACAUCUAAAUUGUUGGCGUUGGUGGUCAUCAUCAUAUCGGGAAUUUAUUAUAUUUGUAUAGGUCACACGGAGAAUUUCGAGCGUUCGUUCGAAGGCGAGUAUAGUGCGGGGAACAUCGCUCUGGCAUUCUAUUCUGGACUUUUCGCUUUUGGAGGCUGGAAUUAUCUUAAUUUUGUGACAGAAGAACUACAAGAUCCGUACAAGAAUUUGCCGCGUGCCAUAUGGAUCGCUAUGCCUAUGGUGACCAUUAUCUAUGUUAUGGCGAACUUGGCCUAUUUUGCCGUCGUCUCCAAGAUGGAAAUGAUGUCUAAUCCAGCUGUGGCCGCAAUAUUCGGUGAUCGUCUUUUUAUCGGUUGGAGUUGGGUGAUUCCGGUAUUCGUGGCACUGUCAACAUUCGGUGGUGUCAACGGUGUACUGUUCACAUCCGCCCGACUGUUCGCCACUGGUGCCCAGGAGGGACACAUGCCCGCAUUCUUCUCCCUGUUCCAUAUCGAAAAACAGACUCCGAUACCUUCACUUAUGUUUACAUGCUUCUUCUCACUCCUUAUGCUGACGACUAGCAACGUGUUUGAUUUAAUCAAUUACUUCUCGCAAACACUUUGGCUGUCAGUUGGCGCGUCUGUAGUGGGGAUGCUGUGGCUGAGAAGAACAAAACCAGAUCUACCUCGACCUAUUAGAGUUAAUAUUGUAAUACCUUAUUUGUUCCUUGUUGCCAUCGGCUGUCUAGUCGUGAUACCGGCUAUAACUCAACCGAAAGAUACAGCUAUCGGCGUAGGCAUUUUACUUUCUGGUAUACCCGUUUACUAUCUUUGUGUUAAAUGGCAAAACAAACCUGCGUGUUAUAACAAUCUUUCAGGUAGUGUACUCAGGUUCCUACAGAAACUCUGCACGUGUAUCUACGUCGAUUCAUCUGAGAAUAUCUCGAAUUGAAUGUCUAAUAUAUUGGUUAUUGCAUAUAACUAGAUGUUGCCCAUUAUAGGACCAAUAUGUAUGUUAUGUAUGCUUUUUGUGAUAUAUUUAUAAUAAGACAUUAUUGAACGAGCUUAUUUAAUAUAAUGUGUUCAAUUUAUUUUAAUUACUGAUAUUUUUAUAUCAAGUAUUCAAUACUAUUAAUCAAGACUAUUUUAUUUAUAAUAUAUAGGUAUGAAACCUAUAUGAAACACGGAUUGAUAUUUUAAUAGACUUGUGCAGAAAAUAGUAGUAGAUAUAACUUAAGAUGGACUGGACGAGAUCGCUUUUUGCGGUAAGGCCGCUCGUUGUUUUGACGCGUUCUGUUAUUUAUGUGUAAUAAAAUAUAAUGCUAUGGAGGGAACAAUAAAAAGUAUCUAUAUAUCUACUAGGUGCCACACGCUAGAUUAAUUUAACAUGCAGAAACAAUUUUACGCAUUCUGCUUGCAAUUCUACAGUUAUGUAAGUAAUAAAAUCAGUAUACUUAUACAAAUUUUAUAAAAUUAGAAAGUAUAUGAGUUGCCCAUUAAUAGGCUCGCGACUGAUGAUUCCAUAAUACUUAUCGACGUUUUUUGUAAAGAUAUAUUGAGUACUUAUAUCUACUAUAGUAAAUCCUCUCAUAAUAGAGCGAGAAAUGGAAAUCAAGAUUGUGAGGGCUAAAUCUACUUACAGACUUUUGUAUUUAGAUAUAUAUUAUUACGUGUCGAUUUAUAUUCGUAAUUUAUUCUUUAGAGACGCAUACAAUCUUAAUUUUUAAGUCACCAUUAGUAUAAUUCAAUGUAUACGUGUUCCUACCUUGAGGAAUAUUUCACAGUUGAUAGACAAUUUAUGUAUCUAUUACAGAACAUAGAUUUACAAUAUUUGUCCAAAAUGUACGCUGAAAUAAAAUAUGCUGAGAUGUUACGAUGAAUAAAUGAAUGAAUGCUACUAAUAGCCAGUAAACUUUUCAAUGACAUCACUCUAUCAUUACUAUAUUCUAUAUUAUAUAUUAAAAUAUAGAAUGAUGUUAAAACUACGUACCUAUACAAAAUUACCAUGUACCUUUACCAUUAGGCUUUAGGAAUGUCACUGGAGAUAGUGUGGAAGAAAAGUUCUAUAUCUUUCUUAUCGACGAUUCUUUUCUAUUCUUUUUUUGGCAGUCACAAAUCCUUAGUUAAUAUUUAUGGGAAGUGAAUAGGGAAAUAUGAAAUUUUUGUGUAUUUAGUAUCAGUUAAAUUGAUACUACAGAUAAUGUUUUGAGUGGUUAUCUGUAUUUAUUUCCAUGAUAGUUCGGUACUAUAUAAUAGGUAGUGCUGGAAAAUGUCCACUGCCAAACUAAAUAGGUAUGCCAUUCUAUAGCGACAUUCUGCAUUAUUAUGGCACACUUUCAAACACUAUCUACGCGCUUGUAGUAAACGUAAUAUAACACUAUUUGCUUAUCAAUUAAUAAAGAAAACACUUUCUAUUAUCUACGCCGAUACUUUCUACCACGUACACAUCGAGUUGUAAAAUUCUGCCGCAUCUAACCCCGAAUGUAUUUUAUGUACCUUUGCCUUUGUUUUAAGUUAGCAAAUAUUAACCACUACUAGAUAGUUCUCGAUAUAAGGGACUAGCGAAUAUACUUUAUUUUUCUUUACAUUAAUGUAAAACUGUCUAUUUAACUGUUCGUGUGGUUAGGUCUCACUUAAAAAACGGUUGAAGAAAUUAGCUUAAAAAAUUCCCAUAAUGUGUAAGAUGUGGAUAUUUGUUUUGUGAGACUUCUUUAGUUUAUAACUAA